ACUCCGGGAUCCGUGCGGAACCCGUGUGUGACGUCACAGGCCGGGAUAAACUACCGGCGGUGUGUCCCCCCCCCCCCCCGGGAAUUGCCGGCGAACCCCAGGAGGUGGGGGAGAUUAGGAGGUGGGGGAGAUUAGCGCGCGCUGCCUCGCGCGCCGAGUGAACUUGACCUCACGGCUGAGUCGGAUGUGGCGUCGUCAGCGAAAUGACCGGCGCCGCCGGGCCUCUCCGCCGGGCCGCCGGGCCUCUCCGCCGGGCCGUCGCGCCGGAGGGCUCCGUCUCGGGCUAGCUACGCGAUCCGGCGUCGGCGCAGGGUCGGAGAGCUCCGCUGGAAAGGGGUUUUCCCUCGUCGUGGGUAAAAUGACGUUCUCGUCGCCCUGGGCAACUGUGCUGACCUUUGCUCUCCUGACGGUACGCGUGGCCCCCUGCGCAGGAAGGCAGAAGUGUGUGUCUCGGGAUUACGGCCAUGGCUCGGUGGUGUGCGAGUGUAAUUCAACGUACUGCGACAGCAUGGGGCCGGUCACGCUGCCUCCGCUGGGCCAGUUUUCCUCUUACGUGAGCAGCAAGGCCGGCAGCAGGGCGGAGGAAGGCCACGGUCAGGUCCAAAAGAACCGCACGGGGGCAGACCUCAGGUUGACCAUUGUCCCCUAUCAGAAGUACCAGAGGAUUAGAGGUUUUGGAGGAGCCAUGACGGAUGCUGCUGCUAUAAACAUACUUUCCCUAUCCCCUGACACCCAGGACCAGCUGCUGCGACAGUACUUUUCUUCCGAAGGCAUAGGCUAUAAUGUGGUGCGUGUACCCAUGGCUAGCUGUGACUUCUCCACUCGUCUCUACACCUAUGCUGAUACACCUGGAGACUACAGUCUGGACAACUUCACACUGGCCUCUGAGGACAUUAACAUGAAGAUCCCCCUGUUGCAGCGUGCCCAGGCCCUUUCUCCACGGCCCCUGGCUCUGCUGGCAAGUGCCUGGAGCGCCCCCACCUGGCUAAAAACCAAUCGUGCACUCACAGGAAAGGGUUCCCUGAAGGGCCAGCCAGGGGGAAAAGAGCACAAAACUUGGGCUCAGUACUACAUCAGGUUUUUUGAGGAAUACGCCAAACACAACCUGACCUUCUGGGCACUGACCACCGGGAACGAGCCCUCCGCGGGGCGGAUGACAAACUACAGCUUCCAGGCGAUGGGCUUCACUCCUGAGGAGCAGAGGGACUGGGUGGCUAUGGACCUGGGCCCAGCCGUGCACACAUCCGCACAUGCCCACACACACAUCCUCAUACUGGAUGACAACCGCCUGCUGCUGCCUCACUGGGCUAAAGUGGUCCUGAGCGACGUGCACGCGGGAAGGUACGUCCAUGGCGUGGGGGUUCACUGGUACUUCGACAGCUUCGUACCGGCGGAGCUAAGCCUGGGCACCACCCAUCACCUUUACCCGGAGUACUACCUGUUCGGCACGGAGGCCUGCGCCGGCUGGAGCCCGGGGGACAGAGGGGUGAAGCUGGGCAGCUGGGAGAGGGCUGAGCAGUACGCCCAUGACAUCAUCGAGGACUUGAACCACUAUGUGGUGGGCUGGACGGACUGGAACCUGGCCUUGGACAGGGGUGGUGGGCCAAACUGGGUCAAGAAUUUUGUGGACAGCACUGUUAUAGUUGAUGCGGACCGAGACAUCUUCUUCAAGCAGCCAACCUUCUAUAGCAUGGCCCACUUCAGCAAGUUCCUGUGGGAGGGGUCUCGGAGAGUUGGCGUGUCCACCAGUAAGGAAACCGCCCUGGAAGUAACUGCUUUCAUCAGACCAGAUGGCUCCGUUGUGCUAACCAUACUCAACAGGUCAUCGUCAACGGUCCAGUUUGAGGUGUGGGAUCCUGCCGUGGGUUACAUCCCCGCCACCGCUCCGGCUCGCUCCCUGCUCACACUCGCUUGGAACACACGCUGAUGAGUACAUGCAGUUACGGGCGAUAGUCCCGCCUGGACUAUAAAACGAAUGCUUUAAUUGCACGUUUGAAGGUACACGAGAUGAGCUUAUUUGUGUGAUCCAUUUCAGUGCCGAACCAUUUGACGCCUUUCCCUACUAAACGGUCCAUCGAGAGUUCCCCUGCAUCGUCAGCCUUCACGUCCACAGGGGCGUGAGCGAGACUGCACUUCAAACUCAAUCUGCAAAAGACGCUUACCUCAACAGUAAGAAAUAAGCGUUUUAAUGAGCUCUAUAAGUGGACAGUGUACUUUCCGAAUGCUCGUUCAGUUCAUUAAAAACACUAAUGAGGAAUGUGUAAGGCUGUACGCUAACCCGGGUAAGAAUCGCAUGGCUUACCGACGUGCUGCUUCUCACGUUCUCACCUCGAGAGAAUUAUAUAAUGUGAAAUAAUGUACAUAAUUUGUUAAUACCCUUUUCAUUACGAGUUAGUGUGUUGCCUUUCAUGCUUGUUUGAAUUGCAUUGUUCUCACUGAAUCAGCAAGGCCAGACGAGGGCAGGAUGGACACUUAAUUGGUGCUCUUCGUACUAACACCUUUGUAUGUGGAAUGUUUGCGUGCUACAGCUGCAGCCCAAGUCAAAUUAAAGAUAAUCUUGAAAAAUUUUACAA